CGGAUUGUAUGCUCUUGAUUUCCUCUUUUUUAUACUUGUUUCAAUUAAAAGGAACUAAAAGACAAAAAGUAUAGGGAAAACCGUACGGCAGUUUCCUGGAUGUCAUCAAUGUCAACGGAGCUAUGUGCGCCUUGAUACCCUAGCUAAACACUCAACACCAUACCAUUUCACGUGCAUCUGACCAAAAAAUGAAGCUCUGCGAUACUCUCUUUUAUCUUCUCAUACCAAGUUUAAUUCUUCUUCAUCUCAUUGUUGCUCCGUACACCAAAGUCGAGGAGUCGUUCAAUAUCCAAGCCACGCAUGAUAUCCUGGCAUAUGGCGUGCCCCUGACGAAUGCAGAGUCUAAGCUGCAGGCUCAUUAUGACCACUUUACGUUUCCUAGUCCAGUGCCCAGGACGUUUGUAGGCGCCCUGUUACUGGCGGGACUGGCUCAUCCUUUGACAGCGUUUGAAUGGGUGGACAGGCAGAUGCUUGUUCGCGGUAUUCUCGGCCUGCUCAACUCCGCCGCAUUAGCUGUCUUUGCCCGCGCAGUCUCCAAAUCAUUCGGCAAAACAGCAGGAAGAUGGUAUCUGCUGUUUCAAGCCAGCCAGUUCCACAUCAUCUACUAUGCCUCGCGCACGCUGCCUAACAUGUUUGCCUUUGGGCUGACCACCCUUGCCCUCGCUGCUCUUCUUCCCUCCAACCAAGCCACCUCUGGCGGCGGCCUCAACCCGCCACAACGCUCCCGCUUGGCACUCUACCUCCUGACCAUCUCCGGGGUCAUAUUCCGCAGCGAAAUCGCUCUCUUACUAGGCACUCACACCAUCUACCUGUACCUGAUCCGGCACCGUCUCUCUCUCCGUCACGAAAUCAUCCCCGCCGGACUCAGCGGCCUCGUCAUCGGCCUUGCUGUAGCUGUCCCCAUUGAUUCUUUUUUCUCGCAAUACUUCCCCACGUGGGCCGAGCUCGCCGGCUUCUACUUCAACGCCGUACAAGGCAAAUCGUCCGACUGGGGAACCAGUCCAUGGUGGUUCUACCUCUUCAACGCCCUUCCGCGACUUCUGCUAAACCCCUUGACGUUUCUCCUCUGCAUUCCUCUCGCGCUGGCAAACAUUUCGACCCGCUCGGCCAGUAUGGACAUCUUGAUCCCCAAUCUCGCGUUUGUCGGCAUAUACAGUAUCCAGCCGCACAAGGAGUGGCGCUUCAUCGUGUAUGUCGUGCCGGCACUUACUGCGGCUGCGAGCCUCGGCGCGGCUUGGAUCUGGAACCGUCGUGCCAAAAGCAUGUUGUACGUAUUCCUGGCGCUAGCGCUCGUGGGAUCCGUUCUCGCAAGCUUCGCGGCAAGUACAGCCAUGUUGACCAUUUCGUCACUGAAUUAUCCUGGUGCCGUCGCGCUGCAGAGACUUCAUCAUAUCGUUGCUUCAUCCCCUUCAUCUUCUUCAUCAUCUUCAUCUUUAUUUUCAUCAUCAGCUUCGCCAUCAGCGUUACCAGAUGGCGCACACACGGACAUAGGCGGAGGCAUCCCGACCACCGACGUGGUCAAAGUCCAUCUCGACGACCUCAGUUGCAAAACGGGCAUUACGCGCUUCUUACAACUUGACGAUCCCGAGAUGCAACCGGGGGCAUCGCGGCCUAUAGAGCUAGUAUUACCAACAUUCACCACGUCCGAUGACAGCCGACAGACUUCCAAAUCACGUUUACUUUCAGAAGGUGGCAUCUCCCACUCAUGGAUCUACGACAAAUCCAACGACGAGGCCAACCUCCUCGAUCCGCUCUUCUGGUUAGAAUUCGACUACGUUCUCGCCGAGCACCCGGAACGAGUCAUUGGCAUGUGGGAAGAAGUCGACCAAAUCCACGGGUUUGCCGGGAUCGGGUUGACCAGGGAUUGUCAUGCCAUACGGGAUGAUACAAUCGGGUCUUGCGAAGGGGACGAGACUGGGCCUUUGGGAGAAGAGGAUGUUGAGAAGCAGAAUGACGUGCAGGCAUCACGUGCAAAACCAUUGGAACAUAUGCUGUACAAGGCCUGGCGAAAGGCGGAGAAGUUCCUCAGGACAAAAGUCACAAGGGGAUACUGGGUCGAAGUCAAGAUGCGCCCGAUGAUAUAUAUUCUCAAGCGCCAGACGCGAGUCCCUGCGGAAGUGCAAGUGUAAGAUGUUCUGGAAGCGUAGGGGGUGGGGGAUGGAAGAGUAAUGGCUUGUGCAUAUAUACUGUCAAGUUUAUAUAGAUAUCCAGGAUUGUAAAAAAAGUAAUUAACCAUGAGUCAAGUAAACCGUAUUAGAAAAAAAGCUGUG